AUGGGGACUACAGGUGAUGACAUGGCUUCGGUGGAGCAGAAUGCCUCCUUGAACCCUCUGUGCUUCGAGUGUGGCCAGCAGCACUGGACAAGGGAGAACCACCUCUACAACUACCAGAACGAAGUGGACGAUGACUUGGUGUGUCACAUUUGCCUUCAGCCCUUGUUGCAGCCAUUGGACACUCCCUGUGGACACACUUUCUGCUACAAGUGCCUAAGGAACUUUCUGCAGGAGAAGGAUUUCUGCCCGCUGGAUCGAAAAAGACUCCAUUUUAAACUCUGCAAAAAAUCCAGCAUUCUUGUUCAUAAACUGUUAGACAAGCUAUUUGUUCUCUGCCCCUUCUCUUCCGUGUGUCAGGAGGUCAUGCAGCGAUGUGACCUGGCGGCACAUCUCAAAAACAGGUGUCCUGGGGCUUCUCAUCGAAGGGUUGCUCUGGAGAGAAGGAAAACGAGCAAGCUGCAAGCUGAAGCAGAGGGUGAGAGCGGUCCCGGUGGGACGGAGCAGCCUAACAGUUUAUCUCCAGACGCAGAUCAGGGAAUAGUGCCAGCCGAGCAGAGCUUCACCUCGCCCGCCCUUCCUGCAUGGACAGACGAGCCCGGCAUCGACAAUCCGCCUUUUGAGGAGAACACAGUAGCAGACACAAAUCAACAGCCACCUACCUUGCCUGAAGGAGAGAUCACUACUAUUGAAAUUCAUCGGUCCAAUCCUUACAUCGAAUUAGGAAUUAGCAUAGUGGGUGGCAACGAAACACCUUUGAUCAACAUUGUCAUUCAAGAGGUUUAUCGAGAUGGGAUCAUAGCCAGAGAUGGAAGACUUCUUGCUGGAGAUCAAAUACUUCAAGUCAAUAGCUUUGACAUAAGCAACGUGUCUCACAACCACGCUCGCGCUGUGCUCUCCCAGCCUUGCUCGGUGCUGCACCUCACCGUGCUGCGAGAGAGGCGGUUCGGCAGCCGCACACACAACCACGCCGACAACACCAGCUCCUUGCGGGAAGACAGCUUUCAAGUGACGCUGCAUAAACGUGACUCCAGCGAGCAGCUUGGCAUUAAACUUGUACGCAGAACAGAUGAGCCAGGAGUUUUUAUUCUUGAUCUUUUGGAAGGGGGAUUGGCUGCUCAAGACGGCAGGCUCUGCAGCAAUGACCGUGUACUUGCAAUUAAUGGACACGACUUGAAGCACGGGACACCUGAGCUUGCUGCUCAGGUUAUACAGGCUAGUGGGGAGAGGGUGAAUUUGAUCAUCUCUAGACCCCUGAAGUCACAGACAGUCAGUAUUAUCCGAGACACCGGGACUCACAACAGCAACCCACAUCAACACCAGUCCCAGCAGCUGUUUCACAGCAGACCCAACUCACAUAAGGAUCUCUCCCAGUGUGUUACAUGCCAAGAAAAACACAUUACUGUGAAAAAAGAGCCACAUGAAUCUCUGGGAAUGACAGUGGCAGGAGGCAGAGGCAGCAAAAGUGGCGAACUGCCCAUCUUUGUGACAAGCGUACAGCCUCACGGGUGUUUGGCAAGAGACGGCAGGAUUAAACGAGGUGAUGUGCUGCUGAACAUCAACGGCAUUGAUUUGACUAACCUAAGUCACAGCGAGGCGGUGGCCAUGCUGAAAGCUAGUGCUGCCUCUUCAGUAGUCGCCCUGAAAGCGCUGGAAGUCCAGAUUGUGGAAGAGCAGCCCCAGGCUAAUGAAGAACAAUUGAGUACCAUCAGUGAAAAUGAAUACGAUGCCAGCUGGUCGCCAUCAUGGGUCAUGUGGCUGGGACUUCCAAGCUGCCUACAUAGCUGCCAUGACGUAGUACUGCGGCGGAGCAAUUUAGGGAGCUGGGGUUUCAGCAUCGUCGGUGGCUACGAGGAGAACCACACGAACCAGCCUUUCUUCAUUAAAACGAUUGUUCUCGGAACUCCCGCGUACUUUGAUGGAAGAUUAAAGUGUGGUGAUAUGAUUGUUGCUGUAAACGGACUAUCCACAGUUGGAAUGAGCCAUUCUGCACUCGUUCCCAUGCUGAAGGAGCAGAGGAACAAAGUGACUUUAACCGUGAUUUGCUGGCCUGGGAGCCUCAUAUAGAUUUUGAAUCACUUCGGUUGAAGCAGCGUCUUUUUCUAGACAGCUAGCACAAAAAACCUCCUCUAUCUUUUUUUUUUCCCUAUUGAUACAGCUGGUUAUAAACAGGGCCAAAACUGCUGUAUUUUCUUUUUUUACGGGCCUCUCAGACUUAUUCUAUAUAUCUUUCCAUCCUGAAAUAGCCAUUUCUGUUCGCUAUAUCCAUUGCUGACGCAAAUGCAAAUACACACGAGCUCUCA